AUGGCAAUGGGUGGCGGCGGCGGCGUCCCGGAGCGGGAAGACGCCGUGCUGUUCCGGCGUGGAACAGGCCAGAGCUACGACGCUGACAUCUGGGAUGAUACGGCACUGAUCAAGGCCUAUGAUAAAGCUGUAGCUUCCUUUAAGAAUGCUCUAAAGAAUGGAGAAAUUUGUGAAGCUACUGACAAACCAAAACUCACACCUAAAAGAAAGCCUACUAAGAAGAAAAAGAGCCAGAAAAAGACCGUCAUGACUCCACUGAAGCAGUGGAAAGUUGGUGAUAAAUGUUCCGCCAUUUGUUCUGGAGGCCAAAAGUCUGAAGCCACAACAUUGGUGGAGUUGUGGUCUCUGAAGGAUAUAAGCAAGGAUCCUGACUCUUCAAUCUUUGUAACUCCCGCCAAAUGA